GCACUUAGAGGGUUGCAAUACAUCAGGUAUUUACAGUGACAUUCUCUGUAAACAAUGAACACGUCAAUAAGAACAUAAACAUCAGUAUACGCGGUGUUCCGUUUACAUAAUGUCACAGUAAUGCAGUCAGAUUUCCAUAUCCACCACAACAGAAUGCAGGAUGAUCACAGCUCUCCCUCUACAUUGGUGUGGCAGCUGGUCAAUGUCAUCAUGACAGUUUUCUUUGGUUUGGCUGCCUUCGUAAAUUUGAAUGAUGAUGAUUGGUACAUAUGGGUGCCAGGGUAUGCUGUACCUGGGAUUCUCAGCUUGACAGCUGCAGUCAAGCCUAGUAUUGCGAAGACUGCAGUCUGGGGCAGUAUUGCAGUGGUUGACUUCACUCUAUCAUGUGCCUAUGCUGUAUAUGCUGUGGUAAUAACACUAGAGGCACUUGGACACCAGGUAGCCAACCCGCUACAACAUGAGGAAGGGAGAGAGAUGGGAGGUGUGUUUAUAAUCAUCUUCUGGCUAGGCAUAGCCAGGUUCACUAAUAUUGGCAGGCCUGGGACGAGCAUCAACAACAAGAACAUGAUGAAUGCCCUGCUCCUGAUGACAAUCACUCUGACCCUUCUACCUUUGUUAACAUGGUCGCUAUGUUUUGUCAGUGACUGGCACACAAAGCUGGCACACUGUAACAAUAUGUUCACACAUUGACAAUCUCAGACAGACUGGAUGUUUUUAGACCUGUCAUGUCUCCAUCAGACUGGAUGUGUUACAGACCUGUCGUGUCUCCAUCAGACUGGAUGUGAUACAGACCUGUCAUGUCUCCAUCAGACUGGAUGUGUUACAGACCUGUCGUGUCUCCAUCAGACUGGAUUUGUUACAGACCUGUCAUGUCUCCGUCAGACUGGAUGUGUUACAGACCUGUCGUGUCUCCAUCAGACUGGAUGUGAUACAGACCUGUCAUGUCUCCAUCAGACUGGAUGUGUUACAGACCUGUCAUGUCUCGAUCAGACUGGAUGUGUUACAGACCUGUCGUGUCUCCAUCAGACUGGAUGUGUUACAGACCUGUCGUGUCUCCAUCAGACUGGAUGUGUUACAGACCUGUCGUGUCUCCAUCAGACUGGAUGUGUUACAGACCUGUCGUGUCUCCAUCAGACUGGAUGUGUUAGACCUGUCAUGUCUCCAUCAGACUGGAUGUGAUACAAACCUGUCGUGUCUCCAUCAGACUGGAUGUGAUACAGACCUGUCGUGUCUCCAUUAGACUGGAUGUGAUACAGACCUGUCGUGUCUCCAUCAGACUGGAUGUGAUACAGACCUGUCGUGUCUCCAUCAGACUGGAUGUGUUACAGACCUGUCAUGUCUCUAUCAGACUGGAUGUGUUACAGACCUGUCAUGUCUCCAUCAGACUGGAUGUGUUACACACCUGUCGUGUCUCCAUCAGACUGGAUGUGAUACAGACCUGUUAGAUGUCCAGCAGAGUGAACUUGGUUGACUGAUCAGUUACAUUUUAAUGGCAGUAUUUAUCCAAAAAGUCCCAAUAUAUACCAAUAAUCUAGUCUAGACAAUACUCAAUAUAAUGUACAUUUGUACUUUGUCAUAUUUUCCUCCAGCAUUUGAUUCAUUGACUUUCAUGGUGUAAAAUUGUGUAAGACAUUCCCUCUGUACAAAUAGGUGCCAUACAUUUUGUAUGAAUAUAUAUAUUUUCUGUGACCAUGUCAUUUAUUUAUGAUUAAUAAAAAUUGCCACUGUGUUCAGUUUA